AUGUCUCUCGACACGGGAACCAGAAAUGUGGUCAGACUGUCCAUAUCAUUUAUGUUACUCUUUUUUGCGUAUAUGAGUCAAGAAUUCAUCCAGGAGCCACUGAUUGAGGCGGAGCACAGGAGGACUGGGCUCAUUGAUCCACAUGCUGGGUAUCAUAGUUUUGCCAUCCUCUACUUUUUUUUCACCAUCGCAUGUCUUCUCAUCGCCCCAAUCGUGGAAACUAUCACUGCAAAAUGGUCGAUGGUCAUCGGCUGCAUUGCAUCCUUCCUGUUCCAGGCUGGGUUUAUCUGGUUGAAUAGUUCAUAUUUGUAUGUUACUUCGGCCAUUUUGGGAGUUGGAGCCGCGUUUUUGUGGGUCGGUCAGGGUAAGUAUUUAACGGAGAAUUGCACAGGGAAGACUAUCGAAAGGAACACGGCACUUUCUUGGCUGGUCUUUAAAUUUUCACUGCUCGGCGGUGGAAUCUUCCUCUUCUUCAUGUUCCAAAACCAAACCAUGACCGAGCUAGUGGCUACUGGAGGGUACAAAAUAUUCGUCUACAUCUUCUGCUCCAUCACCUUCCUGGGAUGUCUUAAUAUUGUAUUCCUUCCGGUUUCCGCAUAUUUACCAGAGGAAAAAGAAAAGGAGACUUUGGCACAGACAUUGACCAUCUACCCAACAUGCAUCAAAUUCACUACCCAACUCGGUGAGAACACCUCGAAACUCCUUGCCAUCAGUUGCAUUGCUACUGGAAUCGGACAGAUCCUGGCUGGUGGAAUCUUUUCUAUCAUCGGAAAACGUGCAAGAAUUAUCGGGAAGGAUUGGAUAUGUGUGAUUGCCUGUUGCAUUCAUUUGGCCAUUUUUGUGGCGAUUUUCUUGUUCUUUCCCUCGGAUGCACCACUUCAUCCGACCGAUAAGAUUGGUUAUUUUCAGCCGAGUGUCCACGUGGCAAUCGUCUGCUCAGGUCUCCUUGGUUUUGGAGAUGCUAUAAUUCAGACUCAAGUCUACUCAUAUCUAUGUGAUGGGUACUCCGAGGAGUCCUCUCAUGCAUUUGCACUAUUCAAAUUUUAUAGUGCCAUCUCCUCCACAAUUGCCUUCUUCAUCUCCAAAUACUUUACUCUGACCGGUCAUCUCGUCCUCUAUGGCUCCUUCGCCAUUAUAUCCGCCAUCACCGCCGUCAUCGCCCAAAAAAUGUAUUUCCACAAAACGCAACAUUUCUUUCAAGAAAAAACUCAAGUUGACCUUUGUAACUAUCACUGA